AUGAAUUCACUUCACUCUUCCUGUUGGAACACCUCUGCUGAACUUGUGAACAAAUCGUGGAAUAAAGAGUUUACUUAUCAAUCCCUCAGCGUUGUGGAUACAGUCAUCCUCCCUUCCAUGGUUGGGCUUAUCUGCUCAAUGGGGCUGGUUGGCAACAUCCUCAUUGUAUUCACUAUAGUAAGGUCGAGGAAAAAAACUAUUCCUGACAUUUACAUCUGCAACCUGGCUGUGGCUGAUCUGGUCCACAUCAUCGGAAUGCCCUUUCUUAUUCACCAGUGGGCCCGGGGAGGAGAGUGGGUAUUUGGGGGGCCUCUCUGCACCAUCAUUACAUCCCUGGAUACCUGCAACCAGUUUGCCUGUAGUGCCAUCAUGACGGUAAUGAGUGUGGACAGGUACUUGGCUCUCGUCCAACCAUUUCGACUUACAAGUUGGAGAACGAGGUACAAGGCCAUCCGCAUCAAUUUGGGCCUCUGGGCAGCUUCCUUUAUCCUGGCGUUGCCUGUCUGGGUCUACUCAAAGGUCAUCACGUUUGAAGACGGCGUGGAGAGUUGUGCUUUUGAUUUAGCAUCCCCUGACGAUGUGCUCCGGUACACCCUUUAUUUGACGAUAACAACUUUUUUUUUCCCUUUGCCCUUGAUUUUGGUGUGCUAUAUUUUAAUUUUAUGCUAUACUUGGGAGAUGUACCAACAGAAUAAGGAUGCUGGAUGUUACAAUCCCUGUGUCCCGAGGCAGAGGGUCAUGAAGCUGACAAAGAUGGUACUGGUGCUGGUAGCAGUCUUCGUCCUAAGUGCUGCCCCCUAUCACAUCAUCCAGCUGGUGAACUUGCAGAUGGAGCAGCCCACGCUGGCUUUCUAUGUGAUCUAUUACCUCUCCAUCUGCCUCAGCUAUGCCAGCAGCAGCAUUAACCCUUUUCUCUACAUCCUGCUGAGUGGAAAUUUCCAGAAACGCCUGCCUGGACUGCGAAGGAGAGUGAUUGAGAGGGAAAGCCACAACAUGGAAAACACCUUGAAAUCAAGCUUUUAG